AUGGCAAAACUGUAAAUAAAGAGCAUUUCACUAAAACGUGCAAGCGUCCUCUCUCCCACUCUUCUGUCACACACGCAGAAAUCGCAUCCUACUUUUGCUCCUCUUCCUCGAGGCGAAUCUUCAUUCAGAUGGUUUAAUCUACAAAGGAAACUAAACAUCUAAUUUGGUUAGUUUCUCGUCAAAAAUUUGGAUGUGCUGUCGUUUUCGAUGGAACAGAUUCUUAGAAAAAUCUCAGCGCCUUUGCCGGUUCUUGUACAAGCCGCCACGUGGACAUUGGUCCUAAUGCUGACGGUGGGUUUUGCGUCGUUCGCACCAGAGAUGGCGUUUGUGUCUACAUUGUCAUCUUCCUCAAAUCUCUGCGAUGGGUUGGUGAGGAUUCCGAUUGAUUUGCCGGGAGAGAUAUUGUGCGUGCCGUCCGAAACGGUUAAGCGAUCACCUUUCGACCUUUUCGUGCCGACGAUAUUCGCAGGAGUUAUGGUCGUUGCAUCAGUCUCUUUAAUCCGGUCGUGUUUUGGGAUCGAAAACGACAUAUAGAUACUACGUGACUCUUUUCAAAUUAAGCUCGUUUGAAUUAUUGCGUUUCUAGAUUGAUCCAGUGUAGAAACUACAGUUUGUUUUUUCCUAAAUACUAGACAAUGUAUAAAUU